AUGAAAGGUCUAAUGCAUUAUUACCUGGCUUCUUGGGCAUUAACUCAUAUAGCGUCCAUCGGGUGCCAGUUUCCCCAAGCGACAGAAAUCAGAGUUCCGCUGGCGGCCGCGAGUGCCUCGCCGGAAAACCUCAACAUCGCCCAUCUCGACACACCCGCCCAAGAUUUCGGAUCCCACUUCGGCUUGCCUGAGGUUUCACCGUUGCACCAUGAUGGGUCUGGGUGGCCUACUGAAAAGAGUCAUAAGCGAGCUCGAUAUCAAGGAAGCUUUAACUUCCCUUUUAGUUUGGCGCCGUACGCUCCCAACUAUCCUAACCAUGAUCUGUUCUCGAACGCCGUCUCACGCAGUGGGCUCAUCCACCCGGAUCUACAGCAAACCCCCCAUCAGAUGCCAAAUCAUCCUAAGCAAGUCAGAGCCGAGUGGGAUGGACAGGACGUCCAGGAUUACGGAGGGAUUUCCGACAUUGAAAUUUUGGAUCUUGAUCGAGACAGGGAAUUAUCAGCUGCCAUUAGCAUCUCACCUCCUCCAUUCGUGUUUGACUCAAUCAAUACAAAACUAUUCUUGGUUUCCGAAUCCCUGGUCAAGAAGCACACCAAAUUGUUUAAUUACCAGUGUCUCAUUCAUCAGGAAACGGGAGGAAAGGUGGCAAUUUCCGGGUACCCCGUCCCAGCACUAGACCUGAAGCACAGGUUUAAAGACCUCACCAAGAUGAUCAUCUACUGUCACGCCGCUCUGCUGAGGAUAUUACCGAAGACGAUCGAAGAGACACAAGCCGACAACGACUUGGAAGCAUGGCUAAUCAAGCAAAUUUUCGGUCCGGACGUUGGCCUGGCUGUGAUAGGUCAAGCCACGGGGAAAUUAGCCAUGGACAGGCGCCAUCAUAACCGAGCCCAAUGUUUGAUCAUCGCCUACCUCCGAGAAAAGCAAGCGCCUGAGAUUGAGAACAUAUUCAGUACCUCGAUCUCUCUCAUCGGUCUUUAUUACAAAACUAGCCUGCCUGACGUAUGGAGGAACUUUGGGGACAGUGAUCAAGGUUUCUGGGAAACCCUACAAGCCGCCCUUGAAAACGAGAAGCGUUUCGGAUUGGCCCAUAGAAUCGCGACAACUUACAGACCAAUUAUAUAUAAGAGAGCACCUGACAGCUGGACAAAAUUCGAAGAAAAUUUCCCAGUUGUAUUAUGUGAUGGACACACGAGAGACUAUCGUAAAAAUCCCGUUUGGGCGAUCGGCAUCAGGGACCGAAGGCGGUUGAUUCGCCUGAGCUUCGCCGCAAGCAAAACUGAAAACUUACUGGCUAGCUCUCUGAAUGAUCACAGAACCCUCCUCGAGUACCUGAACAAGAAUAAACUACAAGUUAUUCCCAACGCAUCAAAGAAAUUUUUGAACUGGUUCUACAAAUGCUUUAAUGGACAUUCGAAUGGCGUCACCAACGGCGCUUCGGCCGCGGUACCAAUCGUAGACCCCAGUAGCUAUGAGAAGACGAGCCGACUCCACUCGGGUGGAGUCUGGACAAUCAACCUACACCCUACCAGCGUCCGCGAGAACACUUUCGUCACCCAGGCCCCAUCUGGUGGGUAUGUCCUCAAGCCUGCCAAGCAAACCAUCGAGUUCAAAACUGAAAGUCAGGUCUCUACCACCGGGCUCAGGCUAGGUUGGCAACAAUGGGACCACAGUUACAGCCACUAUCCGGGCUUCCUGGCGAACAAACACAACACUUGCUGGGCUGGCGCAACCGCAAGGUACGCUCAGGAUCAGAUGUCCAGAGUGGCAAGGAUGUUCAUACCCCGUUAUCUGACAUGUUACCAAUGGUUGGUCCUGAUUUUGUGCUCGGCGGAGAUAUCAGCGGGAUGCCCCUCGACCAGGCUACACCGGGCCAAGGUCAUGGAAUGGGACCUUCAGGACCAACUCAACCCUUUGAUGAGCCAGAUGAAACCAUUACCAAAUGUAUGCUACCCUGACUUCAUCAACGCCAGACAAGAAGAACGAGCUGACAACGUCCUGCCUGGCAGCAACAAACAAGCUCACUCUUCAAGGCGGCCAAGAAACUCGACAAAGUCAUUGUACUCUGCCACCAACACCGAAAAGAUCAUUCCAGGUGUCAACGAUACUGCGCCCAACAUGGAGCAGGCUGUGAGGAACAACCAUGACGGAAUUUAUCCCUCGACUCUCCUUGCCAUGGCUUGUAUCUACGAGAGCGCCCCUUACGUCAACGGUGCCCCACAGAACACCUUUGUUCCUGGAUGCGCUGAACUCGCCGAGGAGCUCGGUAGGUUCAUCGGUGGACAUGAUUUCAACGAGUUGGCGAUGGGCGGUCGGAACAAGAUUGUGAUCUCCAACGUCACCUGUCAAGACUCGCUUCUUGCGAUACCAUUGAUUCUCGAUCUUGUGAUCAUCACCAAGCUUUUGACACGAGUCCAGUACCGCAAACCAAGUGGGAACGCGACCGAGGAAUCGGAUGUUCAGAAGCUCUAUCCGGUCUUGUCUCUGUUGAGCUCUAUGCUGAAGGCCUCACUCGUCAGGCCUGGCCCCGACGUCAUCAACGGUGCCGCUCGUCAACGCGCCGCCAUCGAUCACUUCCUAAUGGCACUCCUCGGGUUGCAACCUCUGACCGAAUGGGAACAGUCCAAAAUCAUGGCCUGA